UGCAAAUACUUUGGUCACAACAACUCCUGUACUGCCGUUCCAAAGGUCGCUGCACUGCACUUUCGAUGUAACGAUGAUCAGUCUGUCAGCUCUUGCCUGCUAUGCGUGUUUCAUUCUCAUUUGGCUACCGCCCUUUACAUCAAACUCUAUGACGGUCAGAAUGCAUGUGAACUCGUCAUCAGACACACAGGGACAGCAAGCAGAAAUCAAUGAGCAUUUGGAUUGUGGACGCCGACCUGACUACCGUUGUCCUAGCUUGGCAGCAGCAAUGAGUGAAGCGAGGCAGAUAGUAAACAGCAGCGUAACAAGGCAAUUCCAAAUCGAGUUUAUAUUGCUUGCAGGAUCACACGUCAUUAACUACGGGACUCAAAUAUCUGAUAUUGAUAUCGGUUACCAUCUUACUAUCAGAGGUGAAGACAAAUACGAGACAUUUCUGACCUGCAGGAGAGAUGGAAUAUCGAGAUCGCAUACAAUCACUGUUACAGGGUUUCAAUACUUUGAACUAAGCAAUGUCACUGUGACUGGAUGUGUGACAUUCACUGCAGAUGAGGCCGUGUUCGUUCUCUCUAAAGGAGUACGAUUGUGUAUUUGGCAUUGUGACUUUCUUAAUAACAGUGGUGUUGCAGUUAGAUCUCUUGAUGUCAGGGUUGUUAACGUAUCUUCAACAACAUUCAGUUCGUAUGGACAUGGGAGCAAUAUUUCGGCAGGCAUGCGUGUUUUGUACACAGAUGAUGUUCAUGAGACCAACACUACAAGCAACGACAAUCUUAUUGACAACACUCUGUUUGUAAUUUCUUGCAAGUUCAUGUUUCUGACAUACUUUGAAUCAGAUCAUGGAAGAAAUGUUGUUCCAGGUGGUGGUCUAGGUGUCUGGUUAAAUGACAGCAACAAUAAGAUUCACUUUAACAUGAUGAUUAAAAAUUCAACAUUCCAGUCCAACAGAGCUAACACUGGUGGUGGCGUGUACUUGAAAAUCAGGGGAAGGUCAUUCAGUAUUGUAAUAAGAGACAGUCACUUCAACAAUUGCGCUGCAGUUCCAUCACAAAGAAGAGAGAGAGGAGAAGGAGGUGGACUUGCUGUUUACUUGUCUCGCCGAAGCAAAGGUAAAGUAGAAGUAGUCAAUACAAAUUUUGAAUUAAAUUCAGCCAAGACAGGGGCAGCUGUUGCAAUAUUUUACGCUGAUGAAGCUUGGAAUAACAACAUUACAUUUACAGGAUGUAACUUCACAUCCAACGUGGCAGCAGUUGCAGGAACGGUAAUACUGAACAGCUUACUCCGUUCAAGUAGCAACUGGCCUAAACCAGUACGAUUGAAGAAUGUGAACUUUACUGAGAACACUGUAUCACCCAAUGGGUUUGGGGGUGGUUUGGUUCUACUGGAGGUGGAUGUUAUGUUUGAAGGAACUUGUAUCAUGAUGAGAAACAAUGGUAGUGCCAUCACUGCAUGGCAUGGAUCGUGGGUCAUAAUAAAAGGCUCGGUUAUGUUUCGUGAGAAUCUGGGCCAUGAUGGAGCAGCUCUGUAUCUACAGAGCCAGUCAAAAUUAAGACUAUCUGAUUCUGCAAAUGUAACAUUUAUGGAUAACGUUGCUACCAGAUAUGGUGGAGCUUUACGGAUUGAUAACGCUGAUGUUGCUGCACUUUUAACUCUGUCUGAUCAGCACACUCGUAAUCAUUUAUGCUUCAUAACACCGCAUCAUUUUAGCCUCAAUGAGGAAACAAUAUAUUACCUUCAAGGCUUUGUUACUUUUAUCAACAACCGUGCUGCUGAAGCUGGAGGAGCCAUCUAUGCAGAUACAAUAGAUUCUUGUUCUUGGUCUCAUGACACCAGUGUGAACCAACCAACUAGUACAGCUGUUCUCACUUCAUCCAAUUUCAUGUACUCCAACAAUACAAGAUUUAAUAUUAGCACAGGCGUUGCAAAUUUAACAGCAAUACUCGCUAAUGGAACACAGCCGAACAAAAUCACAUUGCCAUCUGACUUUGCUUAUUGUGGCAGUAGCAACAGUGAAUUCUGUGUUUCUCUAGGAAUUUCAUAUCUUCUUUCAGUCAAUGCCACAGACAGUCUUGGACAACCAGUUUCUACAACAGUUACAGUGUCAACAGAAGAACGUUCUUCUAUGCAAAUUGUGCGUCAUCAAGAUGAACUGGAAAACUCCAAGCCCAAAAAGAAGUUUACUACAGUGACAGAUCCCUUCAGUGGCAUUGCAUCAAUAGAAGUCUAUUUUCUAGGAGAUCCUGAAACAAAUGGUGGCCAGGUUAUGAUCGAAAGUGGUAUUAGUACAGCAAGUGUUGUAAGAGCAAGCUUCACUGUGUUCCUGCACAGCUGCAUACCUGGAUUUACAUAUAAAUCAAACACAUGUUUGUGUGAUAACGCAGCUCAUGUGAGUCGCUGUGACAAGAAUGGCACUAUUCAAAUCUUACCUGGCUACUGGGUAGGUCAAAUACUAAAUAUCGAUGACAACACAACCCAAGCUAAAUCAAAAAGCAUCUCUGUUUCCUACUGGUGUCCAGUAACAUAUUGUAGGUGUCUUGAUGGAUUGUGCACGUUUGAUGUACGAAACAAGAGCAGUGACUCACAAUGUGCACAUGGACGAAAGGGCAUCCUAUGUGGCCAAUGCAAGACUAACUACAGUGCAGUAUAUGGUGCCAUAUAUCCUGACUGCCUGCCAUGUUCUGACGAAGUGACUUGGAUCAUACCUGUAUUGACAAUAGUAGCGUUGACCAUUGUUGUCCUGGCAGUGCUCAUCAACUUCAAUGCUGCAUCAAAGAGAGUAAGAUCGGGUGUAUUCUAUUUUCAAGUCGUUGCUCUCACUUUGAGUUACAUUCCUCCUCAAGGAAUUCUGAGCUACAGGUGGAUAGAGUAUUUUGCUUGGAUUCCCAACCUCAGCAUCCGUUUCAAUGCCUGCCUUCUCGAUAACAUGACCACUCUACAGAGCACACUCUUUCAGUACUACAUUCCCGGUUGUAUAUUUGUAUUCAUGGCAUUGGGAAUUAUGCUCGCUCGCAAGUUUACUCGAAUAUCCCGCAUCCAUGUCCUUCGACCCUUCUGGAGUAUGGUGACACUGACAUACGUCAGUGUAGCAUACACGACAGUCCUUAUCCUCAAUUGUGUCGACAUUGGAGACGGACUGUUACGCUGGUUUCCUGAUGCUUCAGUCAAAUGCUAUGAAGGCAACCAUCUUCAUGCAGCAAUAGCAGCGUCUGUGAUUGCAGCGUUUUACGUUGUACCUUUGCCAUUUUUUCUAGCACUGGCAGCGCCACGAAUUGGUAAACUCAAACCUAUCUGCGACAUCUAUCUACAUGAUAUCAAGCCAUCGUAUUGGUGGGCUGAGGGAUGGUACUUCUUCCGACGUCUCCUGCUCAUUGUUUUUCACUGCAUAUUCACAGAUCCCAACCUGCGUCACACCAUCAUUAUUUCAUCGCUUUCCAUCUUUCUAGCUCUUCAUGCUCAGUUACAGCCAUACGCACAACCAUGGAAUAACCACGUGGAAACAGCUCUCAUUCUCAACCUUUGCCUCAUCAGUGCAUUUCAGAUGUAUAACUCAGCUGGACCAGUGGCACCUGCUGCCACCAUUGUUUUCUUUCUCCUUCCCUACAUUGCAUUCUUAGUCUAUCUCGUGUACUACAUCAUUCGGUUGACAAAGAAGAGAUGGCUGAAAGGAACUCACAAAACUACAAGACCAAGCAAAUCAAGAGAUUCCGUUGCAGUUGCUGAUGAAUUUGAUCUAUCAAAUGGCAAUAGUAUGAGAACAGAUUGUAAAUCAGUGUCUCUUAAAUCCUUGGUGUCCACUCGUGAUCCUCGUCUCUCUGCUUCGUUGGAACGAGGUACAUCACUAGAUGUAAUGUAUGAUCACCACCCAGUCCUUCGAGAGCCACUCUUGAACAAUCACUGAAGUCCAAGCCAACGGAGCACAUUUGACGAAUUAUAAGUAAUACCAGCCUUGCUUAUAUAUAUUAAUCAUUAGUACAUCAGGGCAUAUGUUUCAUAGUAGACUCUACAUACAGUCUUUAGUUACUGGCAUAUUUUUACCUUUUAACCUAGUAUUAUUUCUUUUGUAUUUUUAACUUUUCUAACCAUUCUAUGUUAACUGUAAUUGCAUUGCAUUUUUGUAUGAAAUUUAUACUGAUAAGUCUUCAGUCCCUUGUAUAGUUUUGACUGACUUAUAUAUACAGCAAAUUUUGAGCAAAACUCGAUUGCAUGUGUGCCAAAGUAAGAACUCAACA